AUGGAACCAAUUACAUACGAUUAUGAAGAUCAAGAACCUCCUUCACCAUUACAAAAUAUAAAAUUAGAAAUAAAACAAAAAGAAUUAUAUAAUCAAAUUAAAAACAAUGAUAAAAUAUUAUUAAUGGAAAAUGAAACUAUAUCAACUGACCAACUCAAUAUUAUAAAUAAAUUUUUAAUAAAAUUAAAAAAGAUCCCAAGUGAAAUAAAUAAAAUUCUAAAAUCAAAUUUUUUAUUAUGUAUUUGGAUGUUUAUAAAUUUAUCUUCAUUAUUAAUGAAUCAAAGUUUAGAAGAAAAUUUUAAUUUUAAUUCAUAUAACACAUUAAUAGGUUGUCAAUUAAUAAUUUCAUUUAUUAUUUCACAUUUUUAUCAAAAAAUAAAAAAAAAAUAUCAAAUUAGAAAAUUAAUGGAUAUAAUUUCAAUAAAUAAAAACAAUUGUAAUAAUAGUAAUAAUAUUGGCAAUAAUAAUAAUAAUAAUUAUAAUGAAGAAUAUGAAAUUAAUAGUGAAGAUAAUAUUAGUUUAGAUAUUAAUUAUAAUAAUAAUAAUAAUUAUAAAAAUAAUAAUAAUAAUAUAAUAAUAUCAAUAAAAGAAAUGAUUAUAAUAAUAAUACCAUUAUCAUUCAUAUUUAGUAUAGUUGAAUUUUCAAAAACAGUUGUACCAUUAACAGUUGUUGGAUUACAAUUUAUUUUAACUAAAAAAAGAUAUGGUAAAUCAUUAUAUUAUUCAAUGAUUGUUUUAGUUGUUGGGUCAUGUAUUUUCUUAUUAGAACCUAGUGAAUCGUUUAAUCAAUUAUUACCAAAUUUUAAACAAUUCAUUCUAUCAAUUAUAAUCAUUUCAUUUCUUUCAUUAACAUUAAUUUAUUCUCAUUCAAUAUUUUCAACUAGAUUAUCUACAAUCGAUCCAAUAAUAAUAAUUCAUUACUUUUCACCAAUAUCUUUAAUAAUGUUAUUACCUUUUAUAAUUUCAGAGAGAUCAUCAUUAAACUUUUUCAUUGAAACUUUUCAAAGUGAAAAAACUUUAAAUGAUAUUUAUAAUUUUUUAAUUUGUUUAAUAAUUAGUGGUAUUUUUUCUUAUUUUACAUUUUAUAUUACAUUUAUCGCAAAUAAAAAAUAUAAUAUAUUAAUUAUGUCAAUUUCUAGAAAUUCAAAAUCUGUAUUAUUGAAAUUAUUUUCAAGUGGAGUAUUUCAUGAACCAAUUUCAAAUAGUAAUUGGUUAGGAUUUUUUAUUUCAAGUGCUGGAAUUUUAAUAUCCUAUCAAAACUCUGAUAGUGAAAUAGAUAUUGAUAAUAAAACUGAUGAUAUUGAUACUGAACGUCAAAAUUAA